CCGCCAUACCACGCCUUCGACAAGAGGAAGAAGAAAGGAAUAAUGUAUUUGAUGGCGAUUGUAGGUGUAUUGACACCACUAUCUACCUUCAUUUACUUUCCAGUAUUGGGCGACAUCUCCAGGGCAUUUCACCUAAGUUCAGAAUUUGUCGUUCUCACUAUUGCUGUCCAUAUGGUGGUCCAAGGCAUCGCACCGUUUGUAUGGAUGCCGCUUGGAGACUACUUUGGUAGAAGGUUCGCCCUCAUUACCACAUUGGCAAUCUUCGUGGGCGCCAACACAGGGUUACUUUUCUCAAACAGUUUUCUUUCCUUGAUGCUUCUGAGAGCUGCUCAAGCUUUUGGAAGUGCGGAUCUACCAAUAAUCGGGGCCGCUGUCAUUGGUGAUAUAUCGACCGGCAUAGAGAGAGGAGCUCUCAUCCGCAUCUAUGGAUCAAUACUUAUGCUUGGUCAUUUGAUCAGUCCUGUUCUUGGAGGAGUCCUUACUCAAUUCUUUGAAUUCCGGUCUAUAUUCUGGUUCCAACUUGCUCUUGGAGGCCUUUCCCUCGCUCUCGUCACCCUAUUUCUUCCCGAGACUCUUCGGAACAUUGCAGGUAACGGCACUAUCAGAUUAAAGACUUACCAACAACCAUUGCUCGCUUGUGUAAAGUCAUCCCCGGAUGCACGCUUUAACUCCAAUCCUGAGACCAUCACACUGCCACCUACAUUUAUUUCUUUCGUUGAGCCUCUGGAUUUGCUUUCACAUAUGGACAUUCUGGGUUCCAUUAUCUUCGGGGCUAUUGCUUUCGCCACCGCCGUUGUCGUGAUUGCCACCACAGCAUUGUGUUUGGAAACUUACUAUCGCCUCUCCACGCUCCUUGUCGGUCUUGCGUUCCUGCCCAGUGCUGCAGGUACCCUUCUGGGGUUCUUUUUCAUUAGCUACCUGUUGGAUCGCGAUUAUAAAUUCAUCGAGACCCGGUACAAGACAACCCACAACAUCAAAGAAGACACAACUUUAAGCUUGAAGCAUAACUCCGACUUCCCUAUCGAGCGCGCAAGGCUCAGGAAUAUUUGGUGGAUAACUUUUUCUUUCAUCGGCGCAACAAUUGGGUACGGCUUCUCUCUGUCCACCAAACAUAUUGCCAUCCCCUUGAUCAUGCAAUUCCUAGUUGCCUUUGGCGCAACUGCUAUUUUGCUAGCCAAUGGAGUUUUGAUCUCCGAUCUGUGUCCCGAGAAUUUGGCGUCUGUUACUGCUGUUAUUAAUCUUGUUCGGUUCUGUAUGGGUGCUUUGGCCGUUGGUGUUGUGCAGUUGCUAUUUGAUCGUCUUGAUGCCGGGUUUGUGUUUUUGGUCUUUGCAAUGGUGACAUUAGCUGUCACUCCGAUUUUAGCGAUGCAGUGGAUGUUUGGGGUGAAAUGGAGGAUGGAAGAAAGAAGCAGCUCAGAGAAAAGGUCACUCCCGGACCGACUGAGAAUUCUACUGGUACGUCCAUUCGAUCGGCUUCCAAGUUGGAGCAAUAUACGGGGAAAACUCAGUAUCAAGCGUUUUUCUUCGAAAGUCAGGAGGCCAUUUAGGGGACUACCACCGUUAAGAGAUCUUGGUGGAGGCACAUGGAGAAAGAACCUCCUACUAAGAACUCAGAAUUUGUCUUCGAGAGUUCCAAGUCCGCGAGAAAUUUGGGGGAAAGUGCGGUGGACAACUACAUGAGUCGAUGGUUUGCUACUUGGAUCCCCUUCUAGUUAGACACUUCACCAUAAAAUGAGAUACCC